UUCUUCACAUCUUUUAUUGUUGAGAAAAUCGUAGUUCAAGAACGAGAAUGGCAUUCGAUCGUCGCUUUGCAUUUGAGCGGAAAGCUUAGUUAACACAUACGCGCGAAUUCUACCCGCCAUUCUGACCUAUAUAGUUUGCCCUGAAUUCUUCCUUCACAACUCGUUUCUCACUCAAAAUUCUCUUCAUCUACAGAGCGAAUUGAUAGUGUACGAAUCCCUCCCUACUGUCUAAUUCGCACCAAGAUUACUCCAAGAUCCGCGGAUUUAGUAUGCAUACACAUGCAUACGUUCAGAUUUUUAGGCAUUCAUCGUGUUGUUAAAUUUCGAGGAGUUUUAUGGCUUUAGGGUAGGAGACCACGGAGUUGUGCGAGAAGCAAGGAGGAGGAAGUUGAAGAGAAAGGAGGAAGUUGAGAAAGACGCUGGUGAAAUAGAAGCGGACAAAAUGGGUGAAUGUGAAGAGAAUCGAGGAAAAGAAGAGGGAUCGGGAAAGGUGGAGGAGAAUGAGGGGAUAGAAGAACAAGAUGAAGGAAAUGUGGAGGAAGUAGAGGAGGAACAAGCAGAGCGAGAGGGCGAGGACGGACAAGAUGAAGGAAAGAAAACCGAGGGGAAAAUCGUAAAGAAUGGAUCAAAAAAGGAGACGAGAAAUGAGAUUGGAAGGUUACCGCCAAGGACGCCUGUGAUUGAGAGGCCAAGAAGGGAGAGGAAAAAAGUGGAAGUAGCUACGGUGGGUGUGACCGCAAGGCGAUCAACCAACAAGCCUUUUGCCAUUGAGAAGGGUCAAGGUAUGCAGCUUAAGGACAUCCCCAAUGUGGCUUUCAAGUUAUCCAAGAGAAAAGCUGAUGAGAACCUUCAGCUUCUUCACACCAUUCUUUUUGGCAAGAAAGCUAAGGUGCAUACUCUGAAGAAAAGCAUAGGACUCUUUUCUGGUUUUGUAUGGAUUGAGAAUGAGAGAAGAGGGCUAAAGUGAAGGAGAAGAUUGACAAAUGUGUAAAAGAAAAAUUGCUGGAUUUUUGUGACGUCCUUGAUAUAUCAGUCAAUAAAGCUACUAUAAAGAAGGAAGAACUCUCCUUAAAGUUAUUGGAGUUCUUGGAAUGUCCUCAUGCUGAAACAGAGACCUUGCUAGCCGAGGAGAAGCAACUCAAGGGUAAGAAGCGGAAGAGGAGUACUGGCUCACCAAGCAAAAGCCCAAGUUCUUCUAAUGUGAUUCUACGGAAAUCUACAAAGGGUGGUGUUGCACUUGCUCCUCCUCCAGUGUCAACAGUUUUGCCUUCAGGACCUGCAGUGAAGGUGCCAGUGGAUAUUGAGCCGCCUACUCCAAUAUCUGGUACAAUGUUGUUGGCCACAGUGAAGGGGUCAACGAGCCAAACCAUUCAUGUUACUCCAGACUCACUGAGUGGCCAGCCUAAUGUAGUCAAGACGAUUGGAUCAAUCAUCUCUGGUUAUUUCCUAGGGGCUUGGAUUAGCUACAACCAAGUGCCAGUGGAGGUUCGAGAUUUUUGGUUUCGCUCCUUCCAGAAAUUCUAUGCAUGGGAUGUCUCUGAUACUGUGGAAAUGAGGAAAAUGUUCGACAACAAGGCAAGGACAUGGAUGAGACAAACACUGUAUCGUGCAAGGAGAAAGGGGCAGAAGAUGUCUUGGAUAUCUAAUGAGUAUUGGAGUCAGAUGCUAUCAAACUGGGCCAACAAGGGUUUUCCGACGAGCCAGAAGAAUGAGGCAAAUCAAUCAAACAUCCCCUCUGCAUGGGUAGCAUGCAAGAAUGGCUCAGCUCUGACGUCUCAAGAUAAAUACCAAAUGGAGGAGUUGCGGAUGCUGUCUACUCGUCUCGAGCAGUUAAAGAGAGCCUGGAAAAAGGACGGCAUAUGGAAUGGUCCACUGGCAGAAGAAAUAUUGGAAGCUUAUCACGGGCUAUUAGAGGAGUGGACUAAUCAAGACCCCAGUUCCGCAGAGUCAGUUGCUAGCGCCAACAUCAAUGACGCUGACAUCCAGCCAAAGGCAAAUGAUGGAGAUAACGAUGAUAGGGUGGUUAAGUCGAGAUCCAAGCCUAAGAUGGUAACACCCUGUGCUCUUGCGCUCACUACCUAUCAACAUUCACAGGCGGAGGCCACGGAUCAAAGGCUUGGAAGUCUUGAAGAGAGGAUGGAAGAUUGCUUCCGGAUGUUGGAAAAGGUAGUGAGUUUUUGCAGACAUCAAUUUGGUGCUGACUGCAUCCCUCUGGACAUCUUGGCUCCUUCUGCCAAGCUACCAUUGCCCGGGCCAUUUCCUCCGGUUGAUGCUGCAGAUAAGGAUGAAUCUGAUCGGACAGUUGAGAACACAGAUCACAAGUAAGACUUUGAUGGUUGUGUAAUUAUCACAUUAGAUGUGUUCGUUUUUUGUAUUGACUAAAAUUUGACAGUUAUAAUAUACUCUAGCUCAACCAUAUAUGAUUACAGCGGCAUGUCCGUUCUUCAGCA